CAAUUGCUAACAGAACGACAAUUCAAAAUUUUUUAUCCAAACCCAGAAUAAAAAGGGGGCGAUCUUUAGAGGAGGAGAAUGAGAAGGAGGCCUGGAAUUGGCGGGUUGCAAACAGCUGCUGCUGCUCGGGACCAAUAUCGAUUACUGGGAGAAAAUGUAGCAAAGUUAAGAACUGAUCUUAUGAAAGAACAGCUCGCCACAUUUCGCUCUCAGCUCGAAGAGUUUGCCCGCAAACACAAGAAUGAUAUUCGCAAGAACCCGACUUUCAGGGCGCAGUUUCACGAGAUGUGUGCUAAAGUGGGAGUGGAUCCACUGGCCUCGAAUAAGGGGUUUUGGGCAGAGCUGUUAGGGAUUGGUGACUUCUAUUACGAACUUGGGGUACAAAUUGUUGAGAUAUGCUUGGCAACGAGACCUCACAAUGGAGGUUUGACCAACCUUCAGGAACUCUGUACUUUGCUUCGUCAGAAACGAAAAAGUGGUUGUGAAGCUGUUUCUGAGGAUGACUGCUUGCGUGCUAUAAGAAAGCUUAAGAUACUAGGUAGCAGUUUUGAGGUGAUUUCUGUUGGAAAAAGAAAGCUUGUUCGAUCUGUUCCGACUGAAUUGAACAGAGACCAUAAUGAAAUUUUGGAGCUGGCUCAGGCACAACGCUAUGUGACAGUUGAUGAGGUAGAGAGGCGGCUUUCUUGGACAUCUGGUGGUGCUACUGAUGCUCUUGAUACAUUAUUAGAUGAAGGUCUUGCUAUGAUUGAUGAUGGCCACGAGGAUGGCAAACGCCGCUAUUGGUUUCCCUGUGUGUCUUCCAUAUCCUUUUCAGGAGGGGCUCGUGGAUUUCUUAUCCACAAAAAUUUUACUUGUACCCAAAACAUAAGGUGUGGAAGGUAAUUAUAAUUAUUAUUAUUAUUUUUAAAUUCUCAUUGGUGGAAGUGAAAGUAGCAAUGUAAAAUGUAUUGAAACUGCAAAAUUCUCUUGUUAAUAUAAAAGAAUCAAUUCCCAUUA